ACAGUGGAGCCCGAUAAUUGACGUCUCACAACAAUGUGACAGUUGGUGAGCGUCAAUAGUGCUCGAUAAUUAUUAAAUUAGUGAUAAAACAUGUGGGACUCGAAAUAUCCCCUCGUCGUCGUAAUACUCCUGGUGAAUUCGUGCUUGGGAUCCCGGCGAACGCUAUUCUCAGAGUUGAAUCCAGGCUGCGGUGGCAAGUGCGCAGAAUUAAACGUCACGACGUUUUAUCUGCGAGCCGAGGGGCCCACCGACACAUUGCACUAUCUCUGGGACUUUGUACAAAGGCCAGCGAUACUCCUGGCAAUAACUUCCAAUUCUGCUAAGCUCAAUAUCAGUUGGGAUGACUAUUUAAUCAAUGUGCCGAAGUCGAUAGGGUUUACUGAGGAGCCUGAGUACACUUUUGGGGUUUCUGUUGAGAAGGUGCUUGAAUUCGACGAUACCAAUAAUAACGGUCACGUGGACACUGUCCCUGACCAAAAAAUCAACAUCUUAAACCCAGAGAAUUUUCUCUGGUCGCGAAAGAGCGAACAGAGCAAUGAUAAAUUCGUUGAGCUCCACAUGAAUGGAGAGAACUACAAUGACACAGUCAACAACAUCACGAGACGUGGGAACAUUCGAGUUGUGCUGAAUGGAUUUUGCACUCUAGAGCACUCCGACGUUAUGCCCCACAUGUUGCACUCGGAAAACUCGACUCAAGUAGAUUUUAUAAUAGAGAAUUUAGAGCCCAACAAGACAUUCACGAAUAGUCGAUUUGGUAUGGAGCUCUUGAUUGUUAGUCAAGAGAGCCCUCUUGUGAGAAUGUCCAUCGAUGCUAAGAAGAGUUUGGAUGAUGAACAUACUCCAGGAAUAUUUGAGGUUGUUGAAUUAAGAACCCCCUGGAAAAUGAUAAAUAAAGAAAUGGAAGAGGCAGAGGCGUAUUUGCAGUGGCGACCAGUGUCCUACACAACGUCAGACCGUGACGUUACAAGUUCCACCGACGUAAUCCAUUAUCAGCUGAGAAAUUGCUCAAAUAUUGAUAAAAAAUCGAUACUAUAUGCAUAUUACGGUGACCAAAGAGAUGACCUACUGAUGGAGAAGAUAAACGUAACUAUUGGAUCCUCAGGCGAUGGUUUUUACACUAAAACUAAUUAUUCAACUUGGACUUUUAUCGUCGGUUAUGGCACACCACCUGACGAGCAGUUCUCCUAUUUGGUGAUAAUGAUAAUAUCUAUUGGGGUGGGCCUGCCUGUACUCAUAAUGUCUGUUGCUGCCUUUUAUGCCUGUGUCAGGAGAUUAAGACAUUCGUAGAUAGAAGUUGUUUUUUUUUUUUCAAUUUUUGUUGAAGGCAAAAUUUUCAUUCUCUUUUUGAAAAUAUCUUGGGAGCUAUUAGGGCGAGGGAGAAUGCCAGAACACAUUUUUCGUGGAAUAUUUUAUGAGCCAAAAACAUUUCUUGUGAAUUUUCCUCAAUUUGUUGAAGAUAUCUGAAAACAUAUUUUGCGUUUUUUGAGAAUAUCUACGAAACUAUUGGGUUUAUGGAAAAAUAGCAUAUGAGACUAUUUGUAGCUCUUGAAAUUCUCUAUGAUAAGUGUCUUGUGAUGUUUUUUUCUAAACCUCGUCCUUCCCGAGAUAUUGGCGAGAUGAACUUGGAGGGAAAAAGAUCUUCCUAGAAUAAUGUAAUCUAAAGCAUAAAAAAUGAAAGUCAUGAUGAACUUAUUGUUCAUUCAACGAAUAAACGUAUUUUCUACCGAUGAGCUAGUUAUUAAGUCUUCAGCAUUUACCAUUUACUGUACAUAAAUUUCAAUAAAAAAUAAUUUAAAAAAUAA